AUGGCUCUAUUCACUACGCAAGGCUUCCUCAUCAGCGCCCUUUUCUUAGGUGUAGCUCAUGCAGGAUCCAACAGCACUUCUGGUAAUACAACCAUGGUUGGGUGGGUAUCCCCCGCGCCUCGAAGAAGUACCUGGGACAUUAUCUGGAGUUGUCUCUCGAUUUUCAUCGUCUGCUCCUGGAAAUGUGUCCAUCUCAACAUCCCAACCCACGAAGAGAUUCAAGGUGAAUGGCAUACGGUGCAAAUCUGCAGGCGCCUUCCUGAUAUAUCGAUCUGGCCUAAAGCGCCUUUGCGCCGAAAAUGGAGACGAAAAAUUCUUUGGAUGACAUUCAUUGCUCUCGCGCCCGAGUUUGGGGUUGCGCUGGCUACGAGGCAAUAUAUGGACGCCCGCCGAGAAUUAAAAGAGUUUACGAAAGCUCUUCCUGAUGAAGUGGCACAGAGAUACACCAUGAUCCACGCCUUUUACGUUCAAAUGGGCGGCAUUAUUAUCUACGAGCCCUCGACUGAAUCGGAGUCGCAAUCCUUUCCUACAGGACAGAAGUCUACUCGAACCAGGCAUGGAAAUCGCACAGCAAAAAUGGUUCGAUCUCUUUCAUACAUACAGAAUGAGAUGCUUAGAGUUAACGAGCAUGAGAUAAAGGAUCUAAGCAAAGCAGAUGUCAUCACUAAGGCGUUUGCUAUCAUCCAGUGCACAUGGCUCGUUAUGCAAAGCAUUUGUCGGACAGCACAAGGGUACACCAUAUCUUUGUUGGAGCUGGCAACCUUGGCAUUUAUCUUUUGUGCCUUCAUCAUGCAUACUUUCUGGUGGGCUAAGCCUUUUGAUGUUGAAUCGAGACGAAUCAUCAUGGCAAUACCGCCUAACCUCAAAGACACAGCAAGUCUAAACACUCUAUCCAUGGAUGAUCUGGUAUCUCUCGAUAGCGUACUGCUUCGGGAACGAAUCAAGGAUCUAUCUAAGGGCAGCCUUUUCAAUCUAGUUUUCGACACAUUACAGUUCGCCAAUCCCAACGCAGAACCUCAACAUUUUACAAAUUAUCUGCCAUCUAUCUCGCUAUACAUCGCCUCGACUACAUUCCUUGCUAUUCAUUUAGCCGCCUGGAAUUGGCUGUUCCCCUCAAAUGUAGUCAGAUCUCUCUGGAGAUGGCUUAACGUUGCUACGCUCUCGGUUUCAUAUUUCCACCAACGAGUCAUGUUCAAUCCGGCGAUUACAAAGAUUCGCUAUCGCCGUGAGCACAACGACCUUCCAGAAAAAGAAUGCCAAUGA